AUGCUGAUAGUGGGAUAUGGUGGGCGGCAGGUCCAGCGCGAUCUUGCAGCCGAAGGUGAGCCAGCGCCUCAGGCUAAUGGCCCGCAGCCACCGCUUUCACCACCGCUUGAUGGAAACAUCAAGGCCGCGUGCCCGCCAGCACCGCGUCCCCCACGCGAAGUGUCCAAAUUGGCCCAAGUGGCCCAAGCCAGGCUCUGUGCACUUUGCAUCGGGACCGUGCAUUCUCUUACAUGUUCCUCGGUGAUGCAACUCGGAACAGGCACCGAUGCGAGGGAGAUCUACCUCACCAUCAAGGCCCUGCCCUCAGAGCCAUGGGCUGCAGCGUUGAGGAAAGCAGAGCUGCUUCAUUGA